AUGCUAGCUAAGGACAUAAGUUAUGGACAGCUCAAAGUAACAGAGAACGUGGCCUUCAACAAGACAGCCACCUCUACAUCCGGAACACUUAAGGAUUACAGCUGGACUCCAGACAAGGCUGUGGACGGGGACAGGAACCAGGUCAUGGAGUCCGGCUCCUGCUUCCACUCUGCUGUCAACUACUCGAGUAUGUGGAGGGUGGACCUGGGACAGCAGUACAGGAUACAUCAUGUUACAGUCUACCACAGGAAUGCUCUUUUAUACAGGAUCGCUAACUGCACCAUACACCUGAAUAAUGACAACUCCACUGACGGGAAACUCUGCUACACCUUCCCUGCCACUGUCACUGACUCCGUGAUCCACCUGGUGUGUAACGGCAGCGGCAGAUACCUCACCAUCAGGAACCCUGAUGAAGGGGAUGACACGCUCAACAUCUGUGAAGUGGAAAUAUACGUCUGCAGCCAUGGGACAUAUGGCAAAUUCUGCGGCAAAUUCUGCCACUGUCUAAACAGCUCCUGUGACCCAGACAGUGGUAUGUGUCCAGGAGACUGUAGACCCGGGUGGCAGGGAGAAAGGUGUGAUACAGAAUGUGACACAGGGAACUAUGGAAUAAACUGUAACAAAGCCUGUGCGGAACGAAAGUGUGUAGCUGGCAACACAUCAUGUGAUCGUCAUAACGGGUCGUGUGUCGGAGGAUGCCUUCCAGGGUGGAGAGGCAGUGACUGCACCCGAGUGUGCAGCCAUGGGACAUAUGGCAAUUUCUGCAACGAAUUAUGCCACUGUCUGAAGAGCUCCUGUGACCCAGUCAACGGCACGUGUCCUGGUGGCUGUAGACCAGGGUGGCAGGAAGACAGGUGUGAUACAGUAUGUAGCCAAGGAACUUACGGAGUCGGAUGCGCGAACAAAUGUCAGGAAAGAAACUGUCAGGGAACUUCGCCAUGUCAUCACGUGACUGGGAAGUGUGAGCCCGGAUGUAAGGUCGGAUGGACGGGAGAAGACUGUAGCAGAGGUCAGGAAACCUUACCUGUGUCUACCAUUGUGGGAUGUGCAACCGCUGCUGUGAUACUUCUGUUCUUCGUCAUCAUCACGGUAUUGCUGGUACGACGAAAGAGAAAACAGUCCGCAGCAUCGUUUCGAAAACGUCCUGUUGGACAAACGGAAAAUUGGAAUUCUACAAGAUCGGAAAACCGCGAUGGUAAGGAAGUGGGAGAUACAGCAGAAAGAGGAGUAGAUGAGGAAGAUGGUGACAUAGAACCGCCACUGCAACAGGACAUCAUCCAGGUUGAGCAGGACCAUGAUCCGCCUGUCCUUGAACCAGAUGCUGAUGUGAAUCUCCAGGACAGGCACUACUUCAACGUUGGGGAAGUGGGGAUGGGUACUGCGAUACCUGUGUCAGAGUUAGAGGUCAAGGUUCGGGGAAUGGUGGAACGACCGGAGGAGGCUGAGGACGAGUUUCAGGAGUUGCCGGGUGGUUUCAUGCACCCCCACCAAGAAUCUCAGCUGUCGGAAAACAAAGGGAAGAACAGAUUUAAAGGCUACUACCCGUAUGACUACAACCGUGUGGUGCUGCAUGACGACAACAGCGGCGGUGGAGGAGACUACAUCAACGCAAGCUAUGUGGACGGAUACGACAACGAAAGGCGCUACAUAGCAGCACAAGGGCCCUACAGACUCGAGAUUGUUGAUAACUUCUGGGGGAUGAUCUGGCAGGAAGAAUGCAGAAUCGUUGUCAUGGUAACUGGUCUCAUCGAGGCCGGCAAGAUGAAGUGCCUUCGUUAUUGGCCGGAGAAAGGUACAGAGACGUACGGGGACAUAUCUGUAACCAUGGAUACACAGACACGCUUCGCAAACUACACGGUCACUAAGCUUUCCGUGCAACACAAUCAGGCUGCCAAGAAGCUGUGUCUCGAGCACUUCCACUUCACCAGCUGGCCGGAUCAUGGCGUCCCAGACACUUCCGCUCUACUGGAGUUCAUUAGCAAGGUGAAGGUCACAUCAAGGGAACAGACGCAGCCAAUCAUAGUUCACUGCAGUGCCGGUAUAGGCCGUACAGGGACCUACAUCGCUAUCGAGGGUCUCAUGGAGCAGGCCAAGACGGAGGGCGUGGUUGACGUUGUCAGCAUCGCAUCCAGCAUGAGGAGACAGAGGACGAACAUGAUUCAGACAAAGGAGCAGUAUCUGUUCGUCUACCAAGCGAUGGCGAUGUGGUUAUCGCAAGGGGACACGUCUUUGGAUUCAAACUUCCUCAAAAGGUUGAACCUUGAUGAUUUGGCUGACGUGACCAUGGGAAACAAGACCGUACAACAGCAUCUUGGGGCGCUCCAAGCUCGCCCGCCCAUGGACAGUGAGCGGAACUUCAUCGCAACAGUGCCUUCUUAUACAUGGAACAAUGGUUUCUACAUCAUGAGUUCAUGUCCCAACAAAGAAGAUAUUUGGAACGCGGUGUAUAACACUGAUUCUCGCACACUCAUCACGUGGGGUCAAGAGAAUCAGGCGCACCUCCCGUCAUCAGACAAGGACGUUAAAACAUCCAGGUUCACAGCCAGCAUGUGCAGUAAGACUGUGCUGUCAGAUGGAAUCUCAGUCACCACUAUUGAUCUUGGAUUAAAGUUUGGUGACACAAUCACUGAUCUUCCCAUGGCACAGGAUGAUGCCACCACCACCACCACGAUCCACAACUACCACCUGGCUGGGAGUGUACGUGAUCCAGGUGUCGCUGAGCUGAUAGACAACUUGCUCACAUGGACACAGGAUCCAGAACGUGGCUCCAGUAUGAUUGUAUCCAGGACUGCAACAGAAUCCGUGCUCCUGGUGCUGCUUGUGAACAUCGCCAGCAGACUGAAGGACGACGGAACUGUUGACCUCAUCACUGAUAUGGGGAGACUGUGUGCUCGUCAUGGAGGUGCACCCUUUACAAUGGAUGACGUCCGUUUCUGUCUGGAGUUUUCUCGACAGUUCCUGGAGACUGUCGGAACUUACGCCAACAUCUGAUGAAUGGAUCCGCCGAACAUAUUCGAUAUUUUUUUCUUUAAUUCCUUAGUUUUAUGAUACAGUUUCUAGAAUUGUGUUUCUAGAAUUAUUUUGUACAGUACAUAAAUGUCCCAUUACUUGUUAGAAUGACUUGUUCCCCACUUCCUGUCUCGUUGUCAUGGUUUCUUAUGUUCAAAACCGUAUGUGUAUUGACCGAUAUAAAUCUCCUCCAUAUCAACCCGAAGGGUAGAAUGAUCGUGUGUAGGUUUCAUGUUGAUACACAUGCACUUUUCUAGCCAUGCUAACAUAAAUACAGUUAAUGAUUUCGUGCUGGUCCAGAAGGUCAGGAGUAUGUGCAAACAUGCCAAGUUUGACAUUGUCAUUCUACUUCCGGCCGGAGUUGGAGGGAAAUAAUAUUGACAAUUAUUUUAUUAUCUUUUAUGUCCGUUUCAGUUACUUUUGUCAGCUUUAGCUUCACGUUUAAUAGACGGUUAAGUUACGGAUACACCGCACGCUGCCCAUUUCUUCAUUCUGUCACCAUAAUGUGAGGAUUCCCGGUUUGACUCACACAACUAGCCCCGACUGAAUGACAUAAAAUUACACUAGUAUAUCAUGCGUGUUAAGGAAUAAGUUCUCAUGUAAUGUCCCGUUGUCACUCGUAGGUUGAUAAUCACUCAUUGUAUGUCACUAACGUAUCCAUUUAAACAAAAUUAAACCUUGGUUUGCGACUUGACGAAUCAAUGGAUUCAGUACAGAGCUGCCACAACACCCCUAUACAUAUGUGAAAGGAGGAUUUUAAAUACAUGAUCAGAAAUAAUUUGUGAUUAUCGUCUAAACACUGAGGGAUCUUCAUCUCGUACUAUGGUAAAUACCGUUCUGGGAUCACCUAGUCGCAGUUGAAAAGAAUCUUCAUGAGAUAAUAUAAAGUUAAAGUGAUUAAAUCCUCAACUACGCCGUUGGCAUGUCAUUUGUAAGUCCGAGUCUUUGUUUUGUUUCAUUCACUUUUAUUUAUCAAUUAUGUAUUGCAACUGGAUGCUGCCAAUUUAAGCAUGUUUCUGUGUUCUCAUCUCUGUUGUAUUAUUCCCUUACUGUCAGACUUCCUUAAUAAACUGUGCAACUGUGUCAAA